GUUGGUCCAUCCCGGUUCCCAUUGUCUCCCGUUUUCACUCCUUGAAGACAACACCGAGACUACAAACUAAACUCAGCCGUUUUCCCUCUCACACUACCUCGCGUACGUUACAUUUGGACACUUAUCUUGACCUGUAUCCUCACCCUGUCCAUGCGAAAUGUGGACACGCUUUUCUGUCUUUUUAACGCUGUAGAGAUGUAUUCGCUGUUACGGAGGAGGCAGUGAUUUACCCGACCAGCAGCUGACCAAACUGGGGGUUGUUGUGGAGCUGCAGGGGAGAUGCUCCGGAGGACUUGUUAGCCAACAGAGACGCCGAAAAAAAGCUUCCACUGUCUGGAGACAUAUCACAACAUACUAGCAACCCCGUUUUGAGUGGAUAAAACACAGAAUUCAGACAAAAAAUAAAUAAAAUCUUGGAUUACAACCGCGGUUUUGGAGAUAAAAAGAACCACGUGUUUUUGAACGGUGUUAAUGCGAGGAUGUUGCCGCGACAAGCCCGGUACUUCCCCUGAGAGGAGCUGCUCCAUGAGAGGAGGCAGGGACCACUUUCACUUUUUUUCUCCACCCUGAAACAAAUUAGCCUGUUUCAAUGAUCCAAAACCGAGUGGCGCCUAAUCGGAUUAUCAAACAAAAGACCAUUUAAUUUGGGGAAUACAUCCAUUUAAUCUCACCAUCUCCCCCCGAUUUGUCACUGUUUGUGCAAGUGGCUACUGUAUGGUGCCAUGCUAAUCCUGUGACAGGUAUGCGACUACUCGACGUGAUUGUACACUUUCUAAUCAAGUAGAGGAGAGUCACAGUUGCCCCUUUUUCAUUGAUCAAGAUAGUUUUGAUUGUGUCAAGAUCACACAUGAUCAGAAAUCUGACUUGAUUCCAAACCAGUCAGUCAAAAAUACAUCACACAAUCUGACUAUCAAACUGCCUACAGUUGCAGAGGGUUGGAUAGGCUCUUCCUAUAUAAUUGGCUCCAUGGACACAUCAAGAACAAUUUGUGGACUUGAUUCAUCCCCAAGGCCCACCUUUCCAUCAUUUUGAUCCCUGACCCAAUGUGUGUUGGAAAUCCAAAGAACCACGUUUCAAUCUGUUUAAGUGUCAGCAACCCAGCCAUUUGGAUGAAGUAGUAGCCUUUUAUUCCCCUGAGCUCCAGUGAGUACAGGGGCUGCACUCUGUUCGCUGAGGCCGAGCUGCCAGAGCCUCUACCUGGGCGGCCAGCCAGCCAGCCAGACAGGCCCUCCGAGGGCUUUUUUGGAUUUUGAAGGUCCAGCUGGAGGAUUUGGGAGUUUUACCCAGAGUUUCUGCUCCACCUGGAUCACCGGGGAGAGAGGAAGGAGGACAACAUGGGGUGCUGUAGUGGCAGGUGCACCUUGGCCUUCAUCUGUGGCAUGCAGCUGGUGAGUGUGUUGGAGCGUCAGGUGAUCGACUUCCUGGGCUACCAGUGGGCUCCCAUCCUGACCAACUUCCUCCACAUCAUCAUCGUCAUCCUGGGUCUGUUUGGCACGAUCCAGUUCAGGCCGAGAUAUGUCACCGGGUAUGCCGCCUGGCUGGUGGUGUGGAUGACCUGGAAUGUUUUCAUCAUCUGUUUCUACCUGGAGGUUGGAGAUCUGUCUAGAGCACUAAUAGGUUUUGGUUUGGACAAGGAAGAGAAGUUUUGA